GCUCGGGGCGCCCGCCGCGUCUCGCCAGCCGUGGGAAGCGCCCUGCCGGGGCCUCUCCAGCCGCUCCUGCCGAAAUAGAUGGGUGAGCCUCGAGACCCCCACUCGCCCCGUCACGGUCACCCCGAGGUCCCUCCCCCGGGAGUGGGAGCCCAGGGCCACCGUGUGGGACUUUGACCUUCCGGACGGCCAUGGAGGCUGGCAGGGAGCAGGGCGCCACGUAACCACCCGGCUGGCGACCCCACCUCCACGGUGCCACUCUUCAGUGACUCCCAGUGCUCAUGGAUUUGAAGGCUGUGCUGUCCCUGCCCCAGUACCCAGGGGACUUCCUGCACCCCGUGGUGUACGCGUGCACCGCGGUCAUGCUGCUGUGCCUCUGCGCCUCCGUCCUCACCUACAUCCUGCACCAGAGUGAGAUCCGGAUCAGCCGGAGAGCCCGGCACGCACUGCUGAACUUCUGCUUCCACACAGCCCUGACCUUCACCGUGUUCGCCGGCGGCAUCAACCGCACCAAGCACCCGGUCCUGUGCCAGGCGGUGGGCAUCGCACUGCACUACUCCACGCUGUCCAGCUCGCUGUGGAUCCUAGUGACCGCGAGGAACAUCUACAAGCAGGUGAACAGGAAGGCCCCACUGUGCCCCGGUGCAGACCGGCCGGACGCCCAGCAGCCCCUGCUCAGGUUCUACCUCCUCAGUGGGGGGGUCCCUUUCAUCAUCUGCGGGGUCACAGCCGCCACCAACAUUGGGAACUACGGGACGGAGGACGGGGACGCAGCCUACUGCUGGAUGGCCUGGACACCCAGCCUGGGCGCGUUCUACGGGCCAGCCGCCUGUAUCACGCUGAUCACCUGCGUGUACUUCCUGGGCACCUACGUGCAGCUGCGGCGCCACCCGGAGCGCAGGUACGAGCUCCGCGAGCGCACGGAGGAACGGCAGCGCCUGGCGGCGCCCGAGUCCAGCCUGGGCCACGGGGCACCCACGACGCCGCCCGCCUGCGAGGCCCCAGCGCCCUCGCAGCUGCAGAAUGAGCACUCGUUCCGGGCCCAGCUGCGGGCCGCCGCCUUCACGCUGCUCCUGUUCGAUGCCACAUGGGCCUUCGGGGCGCUGGCCGUGUCCCAGGGCCCCUUCCUGGACAUGGUCUUCAGCUGCCUGUACGGCGCCUGCUGCGUGACGCUGGGGCUCUUCGUGCUCAUCCACCACUGUGCCAAGCGCGAGGACGUGUGGCGCUGCUGGUGGUCGUGCCGCCCGGCGCGCGGCGCGCUCGGCAAGGGCCCCGCGCUCGACGCCAACGGGGACGCGCUGGGGCCCGCUGCCUGCCUGCAGGACUCGCCGCACCCCGGCCAGCCCCGGGCCUUCGGCCACUGCAAGAUGACCAACCUGCAGGCCGCCCAGGCCCACGCCCGCUGCCUGUCGCCCGCCACCCCCUGCUGUGCCAAGACGCACUGCGCGCCGGCGGAGGACGAGCCGGGGUUGUGCGAGGACGCCGCCUGCGCGCACGGCCCGCACCUGCACCGGUGCCUGCCGGCCAGCGCCGAACCUCUCUACUUCGGCGGGCGCGAGUACGCCUACCACCUCCCAUCCAGCCUGGACGGCAGCCCCCGCAGCUCCCGCACGGACAGCGCCCCCAGCUCGCUGGACGGCCCCGUGGGGGCGCACGCGCUGGCCUGCUGUGACCAGAGCGACCCCUUCGCCGGCGAGCCGGCGGGCGGCGAGACCAGCCCCAGGCUCUACGGCUGCGCUCUGCGGCCCGGCCGGGAGGCGGCCCUCGGCCCCGCCCAGCUCGAGCUGCUGCGCAGGACGCAGUCGCUGCCCUUCGGCGGCCCCGGCCAGAACGGGCCGCUCCAGGGCGACGCUUGCGCGGCGCUGCCGUUCGGCACCGACGGUACUGGCAACAUCCGGACAGGGCCCUGGAGGAACGAGACCACCGUGUAG